AUGUGGUCAGCCGGUAUGAAGACAGUGGAGAGCAAAACGGACAACGUGAAAGAGGAAUGGAGAAUACGAUCAACCUGUGGCGUGGCACUGACGGUAAAUAUUUGUCGUAGACGCCUCUUUCUCUCCUCCUCACCUUGAGGUCAAUCUUGUCAAAAAAUCUGAAGUUAAGUUGAAGCGUUCGGACGCUAUGGCGCUGGCGCCUCAGGCGGAUCAAUACGCGUCGCAACCGCGUCGUCUUUCUCGACCCCUCAGGGGAUAG